AUGGAGACCCUCAACGACUUCGAAAUCAUCGAUGUGCCCAAGUACACCGAGGCCCAGCUUGCGGCCAAGAUUGCCGCCAAAGACCAAGACAUCGCCGCGCUGAAGCGACGACACGAGGCCGAGUGCAUCGAAAUCGAACUUGCCAAGCUUUCAGAGGAGAACGAAGAGAUUGCCGCGCUGAAGGAAGCGCAGGAAGCUGUGGUCGACAAAUAUAAGGAAAUCCACGCCCUUAAGAUGGCUCAGAAGAACACCGAAAUCGCCGCGCUCGAGCAACAAUACAACAACGAGCGCGCCGAAGCAGACGCUUUGAUUGCUGAGAAGGACAAAGAAAUGGCCGCGCUCCAGCAACAAUACGACGACGAUUGCGACAAAGUAGACGCUUUGUUGGCUGAGAAAGACGAAGAAAUCGCCAAGAAGAACGACGAAAUUGCCGAGAAGAACCAGGAGAUUGCCCAUAAAAACGACGAGAUCGCUGAGAUGGACGAAGAAAUUAAUGAGAUGUAUGACGAACUGUUUGAGAAGACCGACCAAAUCACUGAGAGGGACGAAGAGAUUGCCAACAAGAACGACGAAAUUGAUAGGAUGCACGAAGAUAUUGUUCGGAGAAACGGAAUAAUUGCUGAUCAAAACGACGAACUCAUUGAGAAGAGCCAAGAAAUUACCGACAAGAACGAUGAAAUUGCUAAGAAGACCGAAGAAAUCGCUGAGAAGAACCAAGAGAUUACCGAUCUGAACCAUCAAAUCGCUAAAAAGAACGAGGAGGUUUUCAAGAAGAACGAAAAAAUCGUUCAGGGGAACGAAGAGAUUAAAAACAUGGAAAUUGAAAUUGACAGGAUACGCAAAAGAUUGAGCGGAGUAAUUGCCGAUAAAGAUGACAAACUUAUCAAGAAGAAUCGAGAGAUUGCCGCCAAGGACGAAGAGAUUGCUACGCAGAAGCGACAGAAGGAAGCUGUAUGCCGCAAGUACAUGAAAAUCUACACCGAUGCGUUGGCCCAGAAGAACCGAGAAAUCGCCACGAUGAGGAAAGAGCACCAAGCCGGAAUCGCCAAGUGCAUCGAAGACGCAGCCGCCAAGCGCGCCGAAGAGCUUGAGAGAUUCCAACACAAUGCUCAAGAAUCUCUCGACCAACACGAAAAGGAAAGCGAGGAAUCCCAGAAGCUCAUCCACAGCAUCAUCAAUGCUCAGCUGGCCGAAAGCAAGGGCAAGCUCAUCAAGGAGCGCUCAGAUGCUGCGGAGCUGAGACGUAAGCUUGAAGAGGAGCGUUCGACUUCUACGAAACUGCGAAAUGAGCUUGAAACCCAACGGAGCGAAAGCAGUGCUGCCGCGAGCGCUCUUGAGAAGAAACGCAAGGAGUACGCCGAGUCUCUUAAAUUCGACAUUCAGAAGCCGGAACUUGCGCGGUCAAACUAUUGUAGUUAUGAUGACGACGACGACGACGACAUGAGCUUUGGUCUCUUUGAUUAG